GCAGCAUUAAGAAAAGAUAAGUUGGAAGACAUAAUCGAUACUUCUGCUGGGGAAUGGCCACCUAAGUACACUAAAGAGUUGGCAAAACUAGCACUGAGAUGUUGUCGUUAUGAACGAAAGGAGCGGCCUGAUCUCGGAAAGGAGGUCUGGGAUGUCUUGGAAGCUAUGAUGAACUGCCCAGACGAUAAAUGCAAGCCACCAAAGUUUCUCAUAUGUCCAAUAACACAGGAGAUCAUGAAGGAUCCACACAUUGCUGCCGAUGGAUACACGUACGAAGGUGCGGCCAUCAAGCGCUGGUUUAAAAUGGGGAACAAAAUGUCCCCCGUGGCCCGCGUCAGCUUCGCGAACCAUGAGUUGAUACCAAACAACGCCCUCCGCUUUGCAAUUCAAGAAUGGAAAAAGCGACAGCAACCAUGAUUUCUUAACCUCGGAUUUUAUUUGUGUUAUGAUGCCAUCAUGUUUAUGACUCGAAGCAAAUAAAAAAUGACUCCAAGUGUGUAUGGACGGCCUGGACUGUAAGGAGUAUUAGCAUUAAGUCUGGGAGUCCUAUUAGGCUAUAUUUUAUGUCCUUGUAUCCCAUGUCUUGUGUAAACAUAUGAAAACUCAUGUGUACUCCUGGGAGUAUGUACUCUCGCUUUUCAUAUACCACACAGAUGAUGCCA